UCCGUGCUCCUCGGCGCUCACAUGUAACGAGGGGGAAAAUGCUGAAGUUCUUCUCUGCGCGGGAUGACGAGAAUGAAAGCCUUUUGGGAGGAAUAACUGAGGAUGAAGGAGACAAUCCGUCUCUUCAGGACACUAAGCACCACUGGCUGAACAGACCCUGCCUGCUGGUGCUCAAAGAUGGGGAUGUGUCCAAACCAGGAUUGGGUUGCGGCCAAAUAAGACCAGAAUCUCCAUCCAAGACCUCUUCAGAUGCAUCAGUCAGAGGCAGCUUUGGGCCAUGUGAGCAGAAACCAUCUGAACACCCUGCCAACACUGCUUCUCCCUCCCAGCUGGAGGAAGGCAACUGCACUGUGACCACCAUCUCCACAUGGGGUGAGAGUUGUUUCGGGGAGUCUUCCAGCCCCCUGGUGCUGAGUCCUGCAGUGGCUGCGUGGCCGGAGGAAGAGGAGGAAGAGGUAGCAGAGGAGGAGGAGGAGAAGAAGAAGAAGAAGGCCCAGCCUCUCCCAUCUAAGGAGGACUCUGUGGUUGAGGAGAAGGAGCUGGAGGAGAGCGGGCUGGAGCAGCAAGAGCAGUCCUGCAGCUCAGAGGCGACAGCAGCACCCUUUAAGGUGGUCCGAUCUAAUGGAGGAGAUGAGACAAGCAGCAGCAAGGCCCAGGCAGCCAGUGGGGGGGGAGCGAUGGGGGACUGCGCAGCUUCCCCUCUGGAUCCUGACAAUGAGUCCCAGUUGAGCCCUGUCGGUAUUUUGUCCAAGGAUCGAGGCACUGUCCUCGGGGACAUAGCUCCAGUGUGGGUCCCUGAUGGUCAGGCGCAGGUCUGCAUGAAGUGUGGGGUCAAGUUUACAUUUACGAAGAGGAGGCAUCACUGCCGUGCUUGUGGGAAGGUUUUUUGUGCACUUUGCUCAAAUCUGAAGUUCAGACUCACACAUCUGGAUGGCAAAGAGGGACGAGUUUGUGUUUCCUGUCAUUCAACCCUCCUCAAAAGGACACCUCCGAGGGGGAAGAGGAGGGUGUGGUUUGCAGAUGACAUCCUCUCCAAUAAGUCAGAGUCUGCUCCGACUACACCCGUCAGAGCGUUCUCCCCGCUGAUGAGACGAGCGCUGGGCGGGCCCGGUAGAAGUCCUGUGGGUUCCCCACAGAUCAGGAGAGCCUUGCGGCCACAUGGGACGAACAUCAAUGAGGCCUGUGGUCCUUAUGGCUGGGGCACCACAGCUUUAGUGAGCAGCUCUGCUAACCUCAUCCCCCUGGAUGGUCUGCCCCCCAUCCUCACCUCCACAGGCGUCAAAGGAGAUUACACGGUGGAGGAGCAGCCCUCUGAGAUGCUGCUCAUUCAGGAGUUGGAGAGUGGCAGGCCCAAGCCUCUGGUGUUUGUCCUCAAUGCCAACCUACUUGCUAUGGUCAAGCUGGUCAACUAUGUUAACAGGAAGUGCUGGUGCGUGACGACAAAGGGAAUGCACGCUGUGGGCCAGGUGGAGGUGGUGGUGCUGCUGCAGUGCCUGCCCGAAGAGAAAAGCUUCCCCAAAGACAUUUUCAGCCACUUCAUCCAGCUGUACAGGGACACCCUCACAGGAAAGGUUGUGAAACACCUGUCGCUGUCUUUGUUCGGCAGUAGUUUCCUGGGCAGUGAGGAGCAUGUGGGCUUCCUGUACAUCCGCUCCACUCUCCAAUCCCUUCAAGGUCUACCUCUGCCAAACCAGCCCUACCUCUUUGGCCUGCUGGUCCACAGAGCAGAGUUGACCUGGGCCAAAGCCUUUCCCUUGCGUCUCAUGCUGCGAUUGGGGGCCGAAUACAGAUUUUACCCGUGUCCCCUGUACAGCGUGCGCUUUAGGAAGCCCUUGUUUGGGGAAAUUGGCCACACUAUAAUGAGACUGUUAGUGGACUUUAGGAAUUACCGUUACAGCCUACCAAUGGUGCCGGGGCUCACUGUGGAUCUAGAGGCUCAGAGGACCUGCAUAAAGAUACCGACCACUGGGUAUAAUGAGCUAAUGAAGGCUUUGAAUAAGUCCAAUGAGCAUGUGCUGGCCAUCGGGGCGUGCUUCAACGAGACUGCAGACUCUCACCUCAUCUGUGUGCAAGGAGACGACGGCCAGUACCAGACCCAAGCCAUCAGCAUCCACAAUCAGCCACGCAAAGUUACUGGAUCGUGCUUUUUUAUAUUCAGUAGUGCACUGAAGGCGUCUGCAGGAUAUCUUGCCAAGUCCAGCAUCGUAGAAGAUGGGCUGAUGGUGCAGAUCACAGUGGAAACCAUGGCGGAGCUCCGCAGGUCGCUUCGUGAGAUGAAAGACUACACCGUCACCUGUGGACGGCUUGACCAAUCAGAGAGCCAGGAGCUUGUUUGUGUACAGUGGGUGGAGGAGAAAUGCACCGUGAACAAGGGAGUUAUCAGCCCCAUCGACGGGAAAUCCAUGGAGUCCAUCAGCAGUACGAAGAUGUUCCAGAAGUCAGAAUACAAAGAAAACGGGAAGAUCAUCCGCUGGACAGAAGUGUUCUACCUGCAGAGGGGGGAUCAUCCCAAAGGAGGAGCGAGCGACUCGGCUGAACACGACCGGCUAACGGAGCGGAUCGCCCGGGCGUUUUGCUUGGCACUGUGUCCACACCUCAAACUGUUGAAAGAGGACGGGAUGGCCAAACUGGGGCUGCGUGUCGCUUUUGAAUCUCAAGAGGUGGGAUUUGUGGCCGGGAGCAACGGGCAGCCUCUCCCUGCUCAGUACCUCAACGCCCUGGAUAGCGUGCUGAUCCCCGUCAUACACAGCAGGGGGCGCAAGAGGGGCGACGAGCCGAUCGUGAUGGAGCUUAUCUUUUACAUCCUAGAGAACAUCACUUAGAGCGGACACACCCCACUAUUUAAUCUCUAUAACCCUGACCACAACUCUGUCUCCGGCACUUCUCAUCAGUGCCGCCUUCAGGUCCUAGGGCAAUAAAAGCAUUCAAAAGGGCGAACCAGACCACAUCCACGGUCUGCAUCCAUCUCAUCCACGAGUAGAGAGAAGUGGUCCGACUCUUAGUGGUUUUCUGAUCUCACCCUGCCCUGCAGCAGACAAUCAGGGUACGCAUGAUGGACCAUCAGAUCACUGUACACUGUACAGGAGUAGCAAUUUCAUAGCUUGAUAUCAUUCACUAUGUUCAAUACAAAUUCCCAUGUGGAGAAUACCUUUUAAAAGUGGGAGCUGGAAUCAGCGCCACGACCUUAAAAAGCAAAGAGAAGAAGAGAAUGACUUGAAGAACAGUAUGUAGUAGAUCUGUAGCAAUUUGAUGCGCACCGAAUGAAUGCCUAAAGAAUGUUUUCAUACUGGAUGUAUUUUAAUUGAUUGCUCAUGAAAUGUAAUGUUGGCCUGGAAUUAAACUUGCAA